CAAACAAUUAUGCAGCAAAUUUAAAGAUUUGGGUGGCAUGCCCUGGACAAAUUGAAAGAGAAUAUGGAAGAGGAAAAUAAGGUGAAGCUACAUGGAAUGUGGGCUAGCCCUUAUGUUAAGAGGGUGGAAUUAGCCCUCAGAGCUAAAGGCAUACCUUAUGAAUACAUAGAAGAAGACUUGAACAACAAGAGCCAAUUGCUCUUCCAAUACAACUCAAUUCACAAGAAAGUCCCUGUACUCGUACACUGAAAACCAAUAGCUAAAUCAUCUGUCAUACUUGAAUACAUUGAUGAAACAUGGAAGGGAGCUCCUCAGCUCUUGUCUGAUGAUCCUUAUCACAGAGCUCAAGUUCGUUUCUGGGCUGCUUUCAUCCAACAACAGUUGAUUGAAGGCAUAGGACGUAUAAUCACAAGUGAUGGAGAAGCACAAGAGAGAGCCACUAAGGAACUACGGGAGAAGAUGAACGUAUUUGAAGAGGAAAUGAAGUUGUUUCCUAGUGGUCCAAUUAUUCAAGGUGGUAACUUGGGACUCCUCGACAUUCUAGUGAGUGCAACAUUCAGCCCCUUCAAAGCUCAAGAAGAAGUGAGUGGUGCAAAAAUUUUAGACCCAAAAAGGAACCCAUUGAUAUUUUCGUGGGUCACCACCUUGAAUCAGAUGCCCAUAGUGAAAGGGGCACUACCCUCACACGAAAAGCUUGUGGCACUUCUGCACUUUAUUAGGAAAACUCGUCUUGAACUUUCUGCUUAUUCAAUUGUAUUAUGUCAUGUGCUGAGCAAUCCCAACCCCAAAAAUCACUCCAGCAGUGCGGCACUCAACUCAGUCCGUCGAGCCAAGUCAGCCUAA